AUGUUGCCUGCUAUACACUAGAAGGGGAUUAUUGUUGACAUACUUUCGUACUGCCCUGUUCAUCUAACUAACGGAAUGACGUUCUUGGACAUUAUUGUGAUUAUCCGCAUAGAUAACAUAUAAUAGUAAUGUCAGUUUUUGUCGUAUGUUUUCUAAACCAGAGGAAACUUCGGUCUGAUUUUAAGGUGUGAGAGCAGUCAGCCUGUGGACUGCCCGUUGGUGUCUGUGCAGGUGUGUGUCAGUGGACUGGCACUGCACGGAAUGCAAGAUGCUGCUCUCCCUGGGGAUGCUGAUGCUGUCUGCCACUCAGAUAUACACCAUCUUCACAGUGCAGCUCUUUGCCUUCCUCAACCUGCUGCCUGUCCAGGCCGAUAUAUCUGCAUAUGCAUUUGACAACAAAACCGGGAACUUCGAUGACCUGCCGGCACGGUUUGGUUACCGGCUACCCAGUGAUGGACUCAAGGGGUUUCUGAUCGGGGCGCGGCCGGAGAAUGCCUGCGAGCCCAUCAUCCCACCCCCUACCCGGGAGAAUGUCACUGGAGCCUUCAUCGUACUCAUCAAACGCUACGACUGCAACUUUGACAUCAAGGUCCUCAACGCCCAGAAGGCCGGGUACAAGGCAGCCAUUGUCCACAACGUGGAUUCUGAUAACUUAAUCAGCAUGGGAUCCAAUGAUCUGGAUAUUUUGAAGCAGAUCGACAUUCCAUCAGUGUUUGUGAGUGAAGAGACCGCAAACUCCCUGAAAGAGGACUACACUUAUGACAAGGGAGGUCACGUGGUCCUCAUGCCGGAUUUCAGUCUGCCUCUGGAAUACUACCUGAUCCCCUUCCUCAUCAUUGUGGGAAUUUGCCUCAUCCUCAUCGUUGUUUUCAUGAUCACCAAGUUUGUCCAAGACAGACACAGGGCCCGGAGAAGCCGUCUGCGCAAGGACCAGCUGAAGAAACUCCCCAUCCACAAGUACAAGAAAGGGGACUCCUAUGACGUCUGCGCCAUCUGCCUGGAUGAGUAUGAGGACGGAGACAAACUCAGAGUGCUGCCCUGCUCUCAUGCGUACCACAGCAAGUGUGUGGAUCCCUGGCUGACCAAGACCAAGAAGACUUGUCCCGUGUGCAAGCAGAAGGUGGUUCCGUCCGCGGGCGACUCGGACUCCGACUCGGAGGAGGGAGACAGCGGGCCUGACGAGAACGAGGCGUCAGAGAGCACCCCGCUCCUGCGUUCCCUGGCCUCCACCAGCGGCCACUCCUUCGGCACCAUGUCGGGCGCCUCCCGCUCCGAGCCCGAACCAGAGUCCUCCGAGUACGAAGACGACCGCCUGGACACCAGCGACGACAGCGAGGAGGACGUCACCGUGGAGACGGUGGUGGUGCAGAUGCAGGAGCCCCGUCUCGACGACCACCAGGACGCGCCUCGUGCCUGAUUGGCUGGCCCGAGUUGACGGACAGGCGGACCCCCCCCCUCCCCCCUCCCAGAGGGCAUGUCAGUGGCAGAGACUCAUGUUUGAGGCCGGCGUGUGCUUCAUUUUGACCCUUAUUAAAAACUAGUUUUUCCUCCCUUAUAGUUUAGAAUGCAAAUCACUAUAAUUCUCCUUUGUCGUUUUUUUCGACCUGAUUUAACCGAACAACAGAGCGAUUUGCGGACGAGGAGAGGGAUCGCGUUUUUUUGGGCCGACAGGGUGUGAAUUACAUAGGAUUGUUGCCAUACGUUACUGUACUGUGGUUUGUCGGUAUGGGGUUGAACCCGGGCAGACGUCCCUGAUGGGCUGUUCAUUCUGCCGGACAGGAGAAGUGUUGUCAACAUGCCUAACUUCUUCAAAAAUAUAUAUUAUUUUGUAGCCUGCCUUUCUGUAUAUCUCUGUAUCAGAAGUUGCGGAAGCUAAAAAAUAUAUAUAUAUUGUAUUCCUGAAAAAUCUUAAAAUACUAAGCAGCAGCCUUUUUUAUAUAAACAUUUUUAUUGAAAUUACCUUUUCCACAUGACUUUUUCUGAGUGUUUAGAGAGUCGACAGGACAUGGGGUUUGCCAGUUUCUCUCUGGCCUGAGAUGUCGGAGCUCAUCGGUUCAGUUAACACGCAGACCCAAUGACACCAAACCAGCGGCAUAUCUGCAUUCGGCCAAUGGAAGAUCGUCUAUCCUUGUUUGUUUUCCCGAUUUCAUAGGUAACCUCUCAAUGGUCAUGUGUCUUACAAACUGAAAAGAUGGGAGGGGCUUAUUUGUGUGCGCACACGCAGCGCUGUUGGGGAAGUCUCCAUUUUGAAGUAGUCACUUUACUAGUACACCUAAUUGGCUGAUCACAUGAUGCAGCCAGGUAGUUCCGAAUUCCCACGCAGUUGAAUGCAUAAAAAGCGGCGGAAGCCCUGAAACGCAUCACGUUUGCUUCGUCUAUUAAUCUAUAUGGAUCUUACCCAUGUCUACUCCGCUAUUGGCUGCUCAGAUCCUAUCACAGACCACUCAGAAAAUGUAAGAUGUAAUUAAUAGGUCUCACAACAUGCGUUUGGUAUCACAUCAUUUAAUUCUAAUACAGCAGGUGGGCCUUUCUACGUAUAAAAUGUUUCUGACACGACAUUAACUGUUCUAUGUUGAUUAGACCUGUUGCCUUUUUUUUUAUGUACUGUAUUGUAAAUGUCUUAUGCUCACCCAUGUCUGUAUUUAAUCAGAUUUUGCUUCAAUAAAGAAAAACAAUACUGUCAGUCAA